UUGUCGGGGAGUCGACUAUAAUAACCAGUGUUACUGUACAGUAUGGACCUGGAGACAGUAUUGUAUUUGAUCCACCACAAGACAGUGUAGACAUUAUUGAGAAUCAGACCAUCUCAGAUGUCAGGUGUUCCGCCGACUGUAGACCAGCGUGUACCUACACCUGGUCUAGAUCAGGUACAGAUUACACAAACCCACUGAGUCUGUCUGUGGCCACGAGGACCAACGCCGGACAAUACACGUGUACAGCCAGAAACACUGUCAGUCAGGGAACAAAGACUUGGAACCUUAUUGUCAGAUUUCCACCACGAAUUCUCAGUCUAGAUUACACUGACGGUGAUUCUGACGUGACUGAAAAUGGACCUAAGUCACUGGUGUGUUCGGUGGAGAGUUUCCCUCCGUCCACAAUACAGUGGUUCUAUAAAGCCAACAACACAGUUCUACUGACCACCCCAGACGUCCUGGAGAGUACCUACACCCUGACUAACGCUGACUGUCUGGACACCGGACUCUACACCUGUUCUGUCAGAAACAGUGUCUCUAACACAGCGGUCACCAGGGAUAUACCGAUCAACGUUCUGUGUGAACCACGUCGAGUCGCGAGAAAUGAAACUGACCAAAAGUAUAAUUUAGAAACAGGUGAUAUUUUAGUCAUGAAUGCAUUGUUCUUCUCGAAUCCGGAGCCAACUUUUUCUUGGUCCUUCCAAGCAUCACCGGACACAGUUGUUACACAUUUAGUCGACGGAACAGACAAUUUUGCUAUCCGUAAUACCUUUGUGAUGAUGAACCUGUCUGCCGUAUCGGUUGGGACACGUACAGAUAUACGGGAGACCUGGUAUGGAGUCUACAGUGUAACGGCGACGAACAGUCAGGGCAGUAACACGUUCAGUUUUAUAGUGGAAGGAAAAGACAUGCCGAAACUACCGAAGAGUUUAUCAGUCAGCUGUGGAAAUCCCCAUUCCGUCGAAGUGAUGUGGACAAAUGGUGGAAACACCGAGUACUUUCGUGUUUUAUACAGCACCGACAACUUCCUACAGUCAGUUAUAGAUCCAGCGACGAUCUACAAACAGAUGGACGGAAAUGACGUGUACAGUGUAACAAUCGACAAACUAGAUGGAGGACAGCUGUACUUCUUUAAGGUUGUAGCAUACAACUCGGACGGUAACAUCACAUCACUUGCGUCUUCAGGAUGUAGAGUUCAAGAAGAUACAUGUAUGGCCUGUAGCCCUAACAGCCUUUACUUGACAGGAGUUGUACUGACGUGUAUAGGCGGCCUAAUGAUCAUGAUAAAUUUGGGACUUGGAAUCUUCAUCACUCGAAAAGGGCGUCUGCCAUUUCGUUCAAGCAAAUUUCAGCAAUGCAAGAACCAGGGAUUCGAUAAAGUGCAAUUUUCAGGGCGAGCAACGAUUACGCAAGAAGGCGAAAGAUCGUACCAGGAACUUGAUACAAGCCAGGUAGCCAAAGCCUCUGUAUAUUCUGAAAUAAGAACACAAGAAAUUGGAGGUGAGAAUGAUGAUGAAGCCAAUCAGAGCAGUAACUACGAGUCGUUGGAAGGACAGUCCAAACCAAACGUCUAUGAGGAGCUACAGACCGCUUCAUCUGGUAGCAGCGGUUUAUACACUAAUACCACAAUAACAAAGGGCACUGCUUAACAUGACGUAUAAAACGUCAUUGGGAAGAUUUACUAUGCUUGCUGGGAAUGUACACAGGCACAAACGCAAAAGAUGUAAUGAGAAGCCGAUAAUCUCCUAGGCAUUGAUUUGUUUUUAUUUGACGGAAGAGUUUGGUGUUGUCAUUUUGUGAGUCGUUGCGACCAGGAAACACAUUUCCGCUUAUUUCAGUAUACUUCAUAAUCCCGGGAUCGUUCGUGUAAUGUGAGAACAGGAAGUAUGUAAAUGAGCUAAAAGCGUGCAACUGAAGUAACUAGUCUCAUGAAAAUUCAUAUACAAUUUUGCUGAUUUCUCAUAAACUUAUGUCUUAUAUUAUCCUACAUUAAUCAAUGCAUGUGUACAAUAUAUCUCGAUUGUGAUAAUAACAAUUCAAGCAAGAUAUAACGGAAAGUUUUAUCCUGACAUCGGACAUUUAAAAUUUACGAAAUGCAUCAUAUCACUUAGAGAAACAUGUCAUCGGUAAUGCAGCGUCAAUAACUGUUUAAUUGUAAACGGAUUUUAAGACAUAAAUAUAUGUAAAACUUCUUUGUGACAUCAUAUUUAUGUUACUAGCGAAUAAAGCGGUACACAACAGGUUUUCCUGCGCAGAUUCCUUACCUAUUGUAUUCCUGUCGCACACAAAGAGAUUUUAGAAGUCUGUUUCUUCACUACUGUUUUCGAAAAAUAACUAAAAAUAUAGAAAAGUCCACACUAUUUACAUACAGAGUUGCUGCAGUAGCGUUAAAUAUAGGGUUUUAUGAACCUGAUUUCAUAUAGAAGUUAGCAUUGUGCUGAGGUUUAUAUGGCUGCCAUGUAUUAUGUAAUUGAUACCUUAUUCACAUCCAAAAUCAUAGUUUGUAUAACAGACUACGGUAAUGUACAAUUCGAGACGCAUUGGAUUUAUACACGUACAUUUAUAUAUUGUUUGGGAUAUAUUAUAUAUAUAUUUCUUUUAAAUUUCAUCAUUCGAACAUAACUUGCUCUCCAACAGAGGAUGAUAUUUUUAUGAGAUCUGUUUUCUUCUAUAUAUUUUAUUGUUUAAAGUUUAAUAUGAGAUACUUGUACUCAACCAUUUUUUUUUCAAACAUCCACAAAUCUUAAUAAUAUAAUACAUUUUUAUUUCUGAUUUCCUAUUGCAUAUAUAAAGUUCAAGUUAAUGGCUAAAAUGAUAUCUGUUCAAACCAUAUCACAAUCAUUCUUUUCACAUAAUCUCACAACUUGCGUUUUUAGCAUUAAAACUUAUAACAUCAUACCCUACUCCUCUCGUGAACUUAUCAGACAUCAUAGAAACAUAGUAUACAGUUAUUGAAGUCGUAUAAAUGCCAUGUUGUUUAGAGAUAGUAUUUGUUUACUUCAUUUAUAAAGUCUUUAUGAGUCAUAUUGUUUAUAAUGUGUAGCAUAACUCGUGAUUAUGACUAAAGAAAGACAACUCUUACGAAACGUUAACCUUAAGGUCACAGGUCAAACAGCUUGUAAACGACAUGUGAUGAUAUUUAUUACUUAAUUUUCCAUGGCGAAUACACUUCAUGUUUCUUUAGUAAAAUGCGUCCCUUUUAAAACGAUGUUGUGGAGUUACCUUCCAAUCAAAGAACCAUUAGUUUGUUGAUGUGGAUUAUAUUAAUUAUGUACAAGUGUCAACUUGAAUGAUCUACCUUCUCCCAGUUUUAAAAACAUGUUUUGAUAUAAUAAUUCUUAUUUUUGCUGUGCUUUACAUCGUAUUUUUUUCUAAGUAAAGUGUAUGGCAAUACUUUUUGUUCUGUUUGCAAGGUAUAACCUUCAUUAUUUCCAAUAAUUAUGUUCUCGCAGUUAAAGAAAAUCGUUUCCGUAUAAUUGUUACAAUCGAUUAAAAAUCCUAUAUUGCUUAUAUACGCUACUUAAAAUAGAACAUAAAAUCAUGAUAUCAAAACUUCACUAGCGGUUCGUUUUCCUUUCUUAGAAAUAACUGCUAUUGUUUAUUUCUAUAAUUACCAAUUUUGAGACCAAUCUGAAAAAAAAUGUACGUAAAAGAAAAAACUAGCAAAAACGUCAUAAUCUAGGAUGAAUGUUUUUCAUGUAGCAGCGGUUUAUACACGAAUACCACAAUAAUGUCAUACGUUUGUUUCUGAUUCCCUAUUGCAUAUAUAAAAUAUAAGUUAAUGGCUUAAAAAUGAUAUAUGCUCAAAGCGUAUCACAAUCAUUUCUUUUUACAUAGUUGUCACAACUUGUAUUUUAAACAUUACAAUGUAAAACUUUCAAACAUUAUACCAAACUCCUCUUAAGAACUUAUCAGAAAUAAUCGAAAUUUAUUUUUAAAUCUUAGUAUGAAAUAUUCAUUCUGAAGACUUAUACAUGUCAUGUUAUUAACAGAUAGUUGUUGCUGCUUCAUCUAUAAAGGUUAAAACAUUUGGAUUUUGAACACUUACAUGUUGUUUAUAAUUCCGUAUUUACAUCCUGUAAACCAGAGUACGUGUUGUUGUGAUCAUUGGUCCAUAUUGUUUAUCCGGGGUAUUCCCGUUGGGGAAUCCUUUCCUGUUGUUUUUGACGACGUUUCUGAUUGGCUAAUGUUCGUGGUAUGUGUUUAUUUAUAAUCACAUUACCUGUACAUUACUCUCAGGUAUCGGUCUAUCUUAGGACAAACUGCACGUAUUUCGAGGCAUACAAUUAUAUUUAGUUAUAUAGCUGGGAAUUUUAGUAUUAUACAACAGUCUGGUAAAGGCUUACAUGUAGCUGGCCGGCUCGUCUCUCUCUUUCAUAUAGUCAGGUAUGUAAUAUAUUUCGGACUUAGACCUCAAAAUUAUCCAGGGUUGGGUGGUAUUUUUCUCUCAAUUAUAGGCAUGAUAUAGUCAGUAAUUCCGUUGUUAUUUUUCGGAUGGUCUUUUCCCGUUGUAGGCAUGUUAUAGCUGUGGCAUUUUUGUGUACAUUUAUCCCCAGGGAGGGACAGGGGUUGAUAUUUUUUCAUCCGAGAUAUGAGCCGGACGCACGGUUGGGUUGCGUAAGCAUAAUAUUGUGUGUAUACUCAAUCACCAUGUUUCACCUUCUCAUCACUUCUACAUUCUAAAUAUAAUAAAAAUGUUGAACUAUAAA